AUGUGGCUGCUCAUUGCAAUCCUGCUCCUCGUACAAGCACCCACGAGCUCCGAAGGUGCCACCAGGCAGAAGAAGGCUCUAAAUCCCGAGGCUCUCAUGAACGUUAGCCAAAUCAUCUGCCACAGAGGGUACCCCAGCGAGGAGUAUGAAGUGCUGACUCGUGAUGGCUACUACAUCCACCUGAACAGAAUUCCUCAUGGAAGAGAAAAGCCUAAGAACAGAGGGGCCAAGCCAGUCGUGUUUCUCCAGCAUGGGAUAUUUGGAGAAGGCAGCCACUGGGUGGAAAAUCUGGCUAACAACAGCCUUGGCUUCAUACUAGCAGACUCUGGCUAUGACGUGUGGCUGGCAAACAGCCGGGGGACGAGCUGGUCCCGGAGACACCAGCACCUUUCAGCUGACCAGCUGGAAUUCUGGGAUUUCAGCUUCCAUGAGAUGGCAAUGUUCGACCUCCCGGCCGCCAUCGACUUUGUGCUGCAGAAAACGGGGCAGAAGCAGCUCCACUACGUCGGCUACUCCCAGGGCUGCUCACUUGCGUUUAUUGCGUUUUCAUCCAUGCCCGAACUGGCUCAGAAAGUCAAAAUGUUUUUUGCCCUGGCUCCAGUAGUGUCACUCAAGCACACCAAAAGUCCAUUCAUGAAGAUGCAGCUCCUCGUGGACAACAAGCUCAAGAUGAUUCCGGUGCUGCUGGGCAGAACGGACGCGUCCCUGCGGAUCAGGAAGCUGUGGCGCUUUCUCCCGGAGCUGUGCAGGCACACGCUGCUGCACAGGCCCUGUGCCAACCUCUUCUUCCUGCUGGGUGGCUACAAUGAGAAGAACCUCAACAUGACACGGCUGGAUGUGUACACAUCCCACUAUCCAGAUGGCACCUCUGUCAAAAACAUCAUCCACUGGGCCCAGGUGAUAAAAUCUGGAGAAUUCAAAGCCUUUGACUACGGCAGCGAGAACCCAGCUAAGUACCACCAGGACACACCGCCCUUGUACCGCGUGGAGGAGAUGCCGGUGCCCACAGCGGUGUGGUCGGGAGGGCAGGACUGGGCAGCUGACUGGAGGGACGUGCUGCAGCUGCUGCCCCGCAUCAGCCACCUCGUCACCUACACCCACAUCCCCGACUGGAACCACUGGGACUUUGUCUGGGGCCUGGACGCCCCUGGGCGCCUCUACAGCAGCAUCCUGAGGCUGAUGGAGGGGUCCCGGUAG